AAUACUCUGUGCUCCUCUAUGACGUCAUGGCUACAGUCUCUGCCCCCUCCUCUCCCUCUGUCCUCCAUCACCUCCCAGAGCUCAACUUCUCCUCCUGCCCCUGUCCAUCCAUCCAGACCCUGAAUGCCACCACACUGCCACCCCUCAUCAACCCUCCCUCCUUUGGAUUGUCCUGUUUCACCAUGACCCUGGGUGGCCUCUCCAACCUAAGCGCCCUGGGCAUCCUGGCCAAGUCCUAUGUACGCUUCAGACAUCGGGCCAAAACUCCGUUCCUGUUGUUAGUGGGGGCUCUACUGCUAACCGACCUGGCUGGUAAUUUGAUCCCUGGUGCCUUUGCACUCCAUCUGCACCUGGGUCAGAGUCGGAGGCACAGGGUGGCUGCAGGAAUGCGUGACACCACCGAGCCUGCCGGGAUGUUCUGCCAACUGUUCGGUGCCAGCUUGGUGUUCUUCGGCCUUUGCCCUCUAUUACUGGGCAGUGCCAUGGCCGUGGAGCGUUGUAUGGGCAUUACCCAGCCCCUCCUCCACUCUGCCCUGAUCACGGUGGCCCACAUGCGUCUGGCUGUCCUCCUGCUGUCCUCCCUAGCUCUGCUGCUGGCCGGGCUCCCCCUGGUGGACGUGGGUAGUUACACAACCCAGUUCCCUGGUACCUGGUGCUUUCUGACAGUCCACGGGCCGCUCUCCACGGCCGACGCCAGCCUGGCCCUCACCUUCUCCGGCCUGGGGCUCACGGCGCUCAGCCUCUCCCUGAUUUGUAACACCCUGAGCGGGCUGGCUCUGCUGCAGGCCAGGCUCAGCUCCCAGGGAAUCAGGACAAACACUACAGCAGCACCAGGACGAUAUGGAAGAACCUCCUCCUCUCCCCUACGCUCACUGGAUGUAGAGAUGAUGGCCCAGUUGACAGUGAUCACGAUGGUGUCCUGUGUGUGCUGGAGCCCCUUUCUAAUCUCCAUCUCUCUGCUGGUGGGUCAGUUCUGCCGCGGCGGGCGAGGCUCCAGCCACACAGUACGUCAGUCAGAGAAGCUGGUUCUGUUGGGCCUCCGCAUGGCCACCUGGAACCAGAUCCUGGACCCCUGGGUCUACAUCCUGCUCAGACGGGCUGUGCUGCGCAGGGUCUUCCGCGUCCUCCAGCCAGACUCCAGGUCCACCCUGACACAGAGCAGCUCCUGCACUACAGCCUCACGCAGACAGGGGAUUGGACUACAUUGAACCAUGAAUGUGUGUAAAGAUAUUCCCAUUUGUGGAUACACUCUCUGUGAUGAACUGAGUGAAGAGAGAACUCAAAAACACCAAGUGAAACAGGUUUGAGAUACUGCACAUCGAUGCAUAGGCCUACAGUACAAGAAUGUGGACAUGUACUCAUAGCAGAAGGGCAGUUGGCAGUCAUGAGUUGGUCAACUCAUAAAC